UACAGUUGGAGAGCGUUGUGAACUCACAUUAUUCAGAAUAAGUACAACUGAAAUUAAGAUUAAGCAGAAUGGAGAUUAGGGAGACUAUUUAUGAAAAUUCAGCAAUUACUUCAGACAGCAGAACAGAUUCAGAUGACAGUGAGAAUUCCUACGAAGACAUUUAUACAAAUGAGGAAAAUAUGGAAAUACUCAAGAUCAGAAGUGCCAAGGAGGCUUUUAGUGAAAUAGACUCAGAGAAAAACACACACAUUCAAAACAAAUAUGUUCAUUGUGAGAAUACUGAGAUGAUACAUACAACAGAUCCUCAGUACAGAGCUUCAGGAAUCGGCACUGCAGGGAGCAGAUGCUCCAGACUGACUGUAGUGUGUCUGGGGCUGCUGUGUGUUCUCCUGCUGGCUGCCAUCACAGUGCUGUGGGUCAAGUUACAGACUGGAUACAACAGCCAGAAUACAGAGAAAGACCAGUUACUGACUAAUUACAACAAUGUGACUGUAGAGAGAAACCAUCUACUGACCAUGUACAACAAUCUGACUGUAGAGAAAGAUCAGCUACAGACUAGGUACAACAGUCUGACUGUAGAGAGAGAUCAGCUACAGACCAGAUACAACAGCAUGACAGCAGCACAAGACCAGUUACAGAAAGAGAGCGAAAGUCUCAAAAGAAAGUUUUGUGAAUCAGGCUGGAGAUGCUUCAGCUCCAGCAUGUAUUACAUCUCUGCUGUGAAGAAGAGCUGGAGUGAGAGCAGACAGGACUGCAGAGAGAAAAGAGCAGACCUGGUGACCAUAAACAGCAAAGAGGAACAGGAGUUCAUCAGCAAAACUCUUGGUAGUCUUUCUGCUUGGAUUGGUUUGACUGAUAGUGAAAGAGAGGGAACUUGGAAAUGGGUGGAUGGUACAGCACUGACCACUAAAUACUGGGGAAGUGGGGAACCCAAUAGUCAUGCAGGGGAUGAGGACUGUGUUAUGCUUAAUGACGGGAAAUGGGCAGAUUAUCCUUGUAGUUCCUAUUUCAUUUGGAUUUGUGAAGAUAAAACUUUUAUGUGGCAGCCUGAGGAUUACCAGUGUCUGGUGGGUAGAGAUAUGGGUCUGUUUCAGGGUCACAGGGUUGUUGGUUGUCUCAUCAUCUGCGUCUCCAUCGCCAUGCCAGGCUGGAGAUGCUUCAGCUCCAGCAUGUAUUACAUCUCUGCUGUGAAGAAGAGCUGGAGUGAGAGCAGACAGGACUGCAGAGAGAAAAGAGCAGACCUGGUGACCAUAAACAGCAAAGAGGAACAGUUUUCCACCUCAGGCUGGAGAUGCUUCAGCUCCAGCAUGUAUUACAUCUCUGCUGUGAAGAAGAGCUGGAGUGAGAGCAGACAGGACUGCAGAGAGAAAAGAGCAGACCUGGUGACCAUAAACAGCAAAGAGGAACAGGAGUUCAUCAGCAAAACUCUUGGUAGUCUUUCUGCUUGGAUUGGUUUGACUGAUAGUGAAAGAGAGGGAACUUGGAAAUGGGUGGAUGGUACAGCACUGACCACUAAGUAAGAGACCACUGAACUGAAUCUGAUCAUGAUAAAGUUACUGACUCUUGGUCUUCAUUAAUUUAAGAAACACACGUGACCCUCUGAUUCUCUCUUUCCGAUACUGGGGAAGUGGGGAACCCAAUAGUCAUGCAGGGGAUGAGGACUGUGUUAUGCUUAAUGACGGGAAAUGGGCAGAUUAUCCUUGUAGUUCCUAUUUCAUUUGGAUUUGUGAAGAUAAAACUUUUAAAUGAGUCUGUAUCUUCACCGGUGCAGUAAAGGAUUUUAAACAAGAUUAAAGCAAAUAUCUUCACUCUUUUAAUGACUUUCUGCCUUCUUGUAUAAAGCUGGUAUAAUGAAAUAAUUGUGGAAGUGGAGCUACAAUUAGCCUUUGCCUUGUCAUGUCUAUAUAACAUAUAACAUUGUCACUAGUAGACUGUGUCACAGACUACAAAUUAGAUUACAAAUUCCUAAUUAAAAAUUUCUGUUUAGUCAGCAGGCCAUGAUGACACAAAAUAUAACAGUUAUCAAGCUGACCUUAACUUUGCUCCUGGAAAUUUGUAAAACAUGA